AUGCUCCUGGUACUCCUGGCUGCUGAUCCCAGCACUGGCUCGCUUCCGAGUUGGUACACCUCUAACCGCAUCCAUGCCCACACGCGGCUCACGAUCAGCAAAUACUGCCGUGAAGACAGCGGCGGUUUGUGGGCGUGUGAUCCAAUCUUUGACCAUGCGGGUGCUGCAUUUGCCGCCCUCAAGGUGCCGGUGUACGUGAGGCACACGCACACAGGCCGGGAUGGCCCUUGGUGGCCCUCCACGACCGAUCCGCCAGAAAGCUGGCAUCCGCUCGUGCAGGCGACAAAUCGGUCGCUUCCCAACGAGUUCCUGGCCGAGGCUGCCACGGCAGGCGUCAAGGUGAUUGCCUAUCACUACAUGAAGACGUCAAACUUCUAUGCCAAGGCGCAGCCCUCUUGGACCAAUCAGUGGCCCAACGGCUCCGUGAUCAUGUGGCCGCGCGGCCCGGGCAUGUCCGCGUGCGAGCGCGCCUGGCAGGACACCUUCAUCGCGCAAGUGGUGCAGCUUGCGCAGAUGGGGUUUGAGGCAUUCUACUUUGAUGAGUACCCGGCUGAGAUUGGCGGUGACUGGAGCCCAGCGUGUCGCGCGCGAUUUCGGGCCACGUACGGCGAGGAGAUGCCGACCGCGCACACGGAGGUGACGGAGAAGCAGGGCACCCAUCCGCUAGCCGCCGACCGUCGCAUCCUGGCGAUGAUGUCCAACGUGACCGAGGAGUACUUUGAACGAUUGGCGGCGGCGGUGGAGCGCGCUCGGCCCAGCUCAGCGGCCCUCGUGAGCGUCUUCCGCGUGCCCGUCGCGGACAAUGGACUGUAUGAGACGACGCGCCUCAUGCGCCCGACGAAUGUGGUGGCGAAGAGCGAGGACCACAUCCCUCUGAACAUCAAGCCGCCGCCGUCGACCGACACCUUCGACGACGACGUGAUGAAAGCGUUUGGGCUCGCUCUCGUGAGAGAUGCGGCCACAGACGCGGUCGCCGGCCUCAGCCGCCCCGCGCACAUCUGGCUCCCUGCUCUGAACCGCUCGCAGGACGCGACGUGCGCAUCGACAACGUGCGUCGCCUACGGCGCCAUCGCGAAUCCCGACCACCACGAGAAGGACGUCCCCAACCACAAGCUGUACGACGAAACGUACGCCCUCGCCGCCAACCUCAGCGCCGCGUGGACACGCUUUGAGCCCCUCGUGCCACUCGCCUACGCUUCGGUGCUCUUCAGCGAAUCCGCGCGCAACCAGCACAUGCCAGCCGACGCCCCGAGCGCGUGGGCGCACGUGCUCUUCCCCAGCUUGGGGGCGUGGCAUGCGCUGGUGCGCGCGCGGCGGCCAGCCAAGCUGCUCGUCGACUAUCAGCUGCUCGAGUGGCCGGCCGCGCGGCUGGUCGCCUUGCACCCGAGUCUAAUAACGCCUCCGCAGGCGGCGCUCACUCAAGAGGCGCGCCUUGCCAUCGCCGCCUACGUCGCCGCGGGAGGCCAGCUCGUCGAGGCCUCGGACGACCCCGGCUGGGGCUCGGCGGCUGCUCGUGUCGCGCUGGAGGCGAGCUUGCUCGCGGCGGUCGACGCUGCCUCGGCCGAGCCGCCUCGCGCGCGUCUUCUCGGCGCGGAGGACAGCGCGGCGCACCUGGUGGCGUACACGAGCGGCCGGGAGGGCCUCCUCCUCUUCGUGCUCAACAACUUUACCGGCUGCUUUGGGGGCUCGACCGCUCCAGCGCCGGCGCCGCUCUCGGGGCUGUCAAUCGAGUUCCGCCUGCCGCCGACGGCGUUCCCGGAGCGCGCGAUGGACGCGAUCACCGGCACGAAGCUGCGACUAGAUCCACAGAGCGCGGCCGCCGCACCGGGAGCGAGCGUGUGGCGCGUGCCGCUUCCGCCGAUCGCGAUGGCAGCGGCGGUCACAAUCGACAUUCGCACUGAGCUUGGCCCCUUGAGCUUGGCCCCUAAAGCUGAUGCUGGCGAGUAA